ACUACUUAAAAUAUCCAUUGCUUUCAACUUGUUCUCUCUUGUCUAUAAGUUUGCAACUGGCCACAAGCAAAAAACUUACAACUUACCAUAUUCAGUGAAGAAAAACCAUGAAAGGAAUUGAUUUGUUCUGUGCUUCCUCUGCUUCCACAGCAGUAACUUCUAGAAUGCACCAUCGUUCUAUGGUACACAGAAGAACCAAAAGCUACGACCAUGAAAGAAGGAAAAGCCAAGUUCAUGUCCCUUGUUCAUCCCAAUUGCCCAUCAACCCAAAGCCUUACUUCGAAAAGCACAGAAAGAGUUCAGCAGAUAAGCAUAACAGUGACAUGCGUAGAAAAAGUUCUGUUGAAGUUAACGACCUAUAUACUCAUCAUGCUAGUGUUGAUGGUUCAUCCACAAGAUAUCUCCUUGGUGAUGCUCCAUUCAUUGAGUGGGUAUCUGAAUCUAAUAAAAUCGCAGCAAUGGCUCCUUCUCAGCGUGAUGUCAAACACAAUCCUAUAGUUCGGUCCUCUUCUUCAACUCGCUCCAAGGACCAGGUUGUGGUUUUGAGGGUGUCGUUGCACUGCAAGGCUUGCGAAGGAAAAGUUAGAAAACAUAUUUCAAAAAUGGAAGGAGUGACAUCAUUUAGCAUAGACAUGGAGACAAAGAAAGUGACAAUCAUUGGAGACGUGACACCACUAGGAGUACUUGCGAGUGUAUCCAAGGUGAAGAAUGCACAGCUAUGGCCAUCUCCUACAUCAUCAUCUUCGAGGCCAACGUCUCCAUGGUCAACAUAAUUAGUUAUAAUUGACACAAUAUAUUAUAUUAAUUUCACCCCUCUUCCUUUUCUUUUUCUUGGCCUUUAUGUCUCUAGUUUGCAAUGGUUUGAUGCACCUUCGAAGGUGUGCGUGUUUGUUUGAUUAGAAAUUUGAUGACUUGUCAAGCACUCUAGCUUAAUGUGUGUCGUGUAAAUGAACAAUGGGUGUAAUUUUAUUUUGCUGUUUACUGAUUCUGCUCACUACUGAAGUAGUAGUUCUUACAA